GUAGCCUCGGUUAUCAUCCGGCCACCUGUUGCUACGUUGUAACUACACUUCAGGGGAGCGACGCACGAACCACGUCCACAUGAGCAGACGUCUGACGUCACCACGCACCGCCCACUAAGCCCCCUUCUUCUCUUCGCCGAUUGGACGACGGGGUUACAGAGAAGGAGGGCUCUCUGCGAAAAUCCUCACAAAGUUUUCCCUUUUUUUUCCCUCCCCCUGUAUAGUAAGACAGACAGAGCAAAUCUUGGUGUGAGCAGGUCCGACUACGUCUGAGUGAAAGGGGGGGGGAUAUUCUCACAGCAUAUCUUCAUGUUUUAAACUAUGGUCGGAGAUUAUUGCUCCUUUUCUGGAGAUAAGACGGACAUGCACUCUCAGAGAAACUCCAAAAACGGACUUAGUUGCAAAAUGGUGCUACAAGCAGUCGGAAAAGUACUAAGGAAGUCGAAGACGAAGCCAAAUGGAAAGAAGCCUCCGACAGAGGAGAAGAAGCAGUACUUGGAGCUAGAGUACACAAAAAUCCGCGUGGUGGACUUUGACCUCAAGGAGCUGGUGGUGCUUCCCAGAGAGAUAGACCUCAACGAAUGGCUAGCCAGCAACACAACAACAUUCUUCAAUCUUAUCAACCUGCAGUACAGCACCAUCUCAGAGUUCUGCACUGGGGACACCUGUCAAGCCAUGACGGCCUGCAACAC